ACAAUUGGCAUCAGUAAUAAGAAUUAAGAGCCAAAUAAAAACGGAUUUUUUUCUCUUACAAUUUUUUUCUCAUGUUUAUUUUUGGUAAUUAAUGGCUAAAAUCAAAAUCUUACUCGUCCCUAAAAUAAAUGUGUCCUUAUCCUGUGAGCCAAUUAAGAAUGACUGCCUAUAAAUAGCCAAAGAUAAAAAAUGUCUAUGUCAUUGCUUUGAUUGAGAGUUGUCUCCUCCCUCUUCUAAUCUAAACUUAUUCCAAAUUGCACUGGUUUUAAGUUUUAACCAUACAACUACACAAAUCUUAACAUCGAGUCCUUCUCUCAUUUUCUUUUCUCUUCUCUUUUCCCAAGUUAUGAAUUUAAAAUAUUGUUUUCAAGUUCUCCCAAGUGGGACUUUUUAGUUUUUGUUUAAGGAGUCAACUGUAAAUUAACUAACCCCAAAACAAUACUCUGUUCCUAAAUCCUAACAAGCCCCUAAAAAAUCAAAUAAAUACCCAUUUCAGAAAUUCAAGAUUUGAAAAUGGCAGGUGGAUCUUUUGCUCCAGGUGGUUUGGCCAUGGAAAGGGCAGAACAGUACCAAGGAAAGGUCACCUCAUAUGUUAUCAUCGCUUGUCUUGUUGCUGCCAUUGGAGGGUCAAUAUUUGGAUAUGAUAUUGGGAUUUCAGGAGGAGUUACAUCAAUGGAUGGAUUUCUUUCCCACUUCUUCAAAGAAGUGUACAAAAGCAAGAAAUCAGCUCAUGAAAAUAACUACUGUAAGUACAACAGCCAAAAACUUUCAGCAUUCACCUCUUCUCUUUACCUAGCUGGUUUGGUGGCGACACUGGUUGCGUCUCCAGUCACCAGAAACUAUGGGCGGCGGGCUAGCAUAAUAUGCGGCGGAAUCAGCUUCUUCAUCGGUGCUGUUCUAAAUGCCUUUGCUAUCAACAUGGCAAUGCUACUUGUGGGUAGAAUCUUGCUUGGUGUUGGAAUUGGGUUUGGAAAUCAGGGAGUUCCACUAUACUUAUCAGAAAUGGCGCCGGCUCAUCUGAGAGGAGGGUUGAAUAUGAUGUUUCAACUGGCAACGACGCUCGGAAUCUUCACAGCAAACAUGGUGAACUACGGCACACAAAAUCUCCACGAUUGGGGCUGGAGGCUCUCCCUAGGGUUAGCAGCAGUACCGGCAUUCAUGAUGACCGUCGGAGGAAUCUUCCUACCGGAAACCCCAAACAGCUUGGUGGAGCGAAAAUCCAAAGACAAAGGACGAGAAGUGCUGGAGAGGAUUCGAGGGACCUCUAACGUGGACGCUGAGUUUCAAGACAUCGUAGACGCGAGCGAGAUUGCCAAUUCGAUUAAGAAUCCGUUCCGGAACAUAUUCGAGAAGAAAAAUCGACCUCAGUUGGUUAUGGCCAUCUUCUUACCCAUGUUUCAGAUCUUGACGGGGAUUAACUCGAUCCUGUUCUAUGCUCCGGUUCUGUUUCAGACUAUGGGGUUCGGUGGAGAAGCUUCGCUGUAUGCUUCGGCCAUCACUGGAGCUGUUCUUGCUUCUUCUACGUUGAUUUCAAUGGCGACCGUUGAUCGAUUGGGACGUAGGGUUUUGCUCAUCAGUGGCGGAAUAAUGAUGGUCGUUUGUCAGGUGAUAGUGGCGAUAAUCUUAAGAAUGAAGUUCGGAGACAACCAAGAACUCUCAAAGGGUUACUCCAUAUUGGUCGUGAUUGUGAUAUGUCUAUUUGUUUUGGCCUUCGGAUGGUCAUGGGGGCCAUUGGGUUGGACCAUACCAAGUGAGAUUUUUCCAUUAGAGACUCGAUCAGCCGGACAGAGCAUUACAGUGGCAGUGAAUUUACUCUUCACUUUCAUAAUAGCUCAGUCUUUCCUUUCUCUACUAUGCGCCCUUAAGUUUGGAAUAUUCCUCUUCUUUGCUGCCUGGAUUACUCUAAUGACUAUCUUUGUUGUUGUUUUCUUGCCUGAAACCAAAGGAGUGCCCAUUGAAGAGAUGACUUUCUUGUGGAGAAAGCACUGGUUUUGGAAGAAAAGGGUGCCGGUUUCAUGAGGAGGAAAACCUUAUGAGACAUGUAGUUUAGUCAUUGUUUAAAAAAAAAUGAUGACUUAUUUUGUAGCUUUCAUUUGUAUAAUGUGGAGAAAAAGAAGCCCAGUGGUUUGUACAUGGAGGGAGAAAAACAGUGCAAGGAAAAAUCAUUUCUCAUAGUUAUUGCUUCUGUGGAGAUUUGUAUUCAGUUUCAUUAGAAUUUUGGGUCUUUUUCCUUUUUCUUGCUCAUGAUGAUUCAUGAAAAGCUAAGCUACUUCAGUAUGUGAUCCAUUUGGUCCAUUUAUAGUAUGCAAAGUAAGGAAAAUAGGUUGACAAACAUUUUUCAUGAAUCAUUACUAUUUUUUCCUUUAUAUAAAUGAUUAAUUUAGGCAGCCAAA